UGUCCGGUGACUCCUCCCCUGCUCUGCCCCGACUCCACACACACACACCCGGGCUGUCUCCAACAACAGAAGCGUGAAUAAAGUCCUGAGGCCAGAGCAGCAGCCUGGCCCUCGUUCUUCACCAGUACCAUAGGAGGGCACCAGCACCCAUCAGCCACCAUCGGCACAUCUGCAGCUACAGAGAAGCUGAGAGAGACUGACUUGCUGCCCUUGGCCUCCAAUCUGUCCUGACCCCUUGACCUCCUGGGCCACCCCUACCUCCAGCCACCUACAUCCCAGGCCCUGCUUGAUCUCAGGCUGGACCAACAAAGAGAGGCCAGUUGCUCCUGGCAGCCCCGGCUGCUGGGGCAAAUCCUGGUGCCAGCGGGGGCUGCAGGGGCCCCCCGAGGCCUGCACUGCUCCCCAGAUGGCCUGCUCUUCUUGACGGCUGGCGCUGCACCCUGUGUCCAGGUUCUGGAUCUGGAGGGACGUUCCAUUUGUCAACUAUCCUGCUGCAUGCCUAGAACCGGAGCCUUUGUUCCAGAGGAUGUGGCUGUGACGGCUUCGGGACUUGUGGUGGUCAGUGACCUCAUCCAUGGGGCCGUGUCUGCUCUUCGGUACACUUCCCGGGAACCCCAGGGCCGCUGGGUGACUGUAGGCACAUUCUUGUCCCCCCGAGGGCUGGCUGUGGAUGCCUUUGGCCACUUCCUGGUGACAGACUACUUGCCUGGAACUGUGCACAGCUUCAUGUUGGGACCAACUUGGGAGACCCUGGCUCCAGCCUCCAUGCUAGGUCUGGAGGGCCCCUGUUGGGUAGGUCCAGGGCCUGAUGGGGGCCUUGCUGUGAGUGAAGAGUUUGGGGAUGUGCAGCUGUUUGGCAGUGCCCACCAGCGUCUGGGCUCCCUGGGAACCUUGACUGGGCAUAGCUUUGGCCAUCCAGCGGGUGUGUGCUCUGACUCCGAGGGUAGCAUUCUUGUGGCUGAUGAGCAGAAGCACCAGGUAACCCUGUUUCCCCGGGUUGGGCCACCCAUCUGCUUGCAGUUGGAGGGACUGGAGAGGCCCUUGGGUAUGGCCUGUGCUCCCCAGGGCCAAUUGGUGGUGGCAGAUGCAGGGAAUAACUGCAUCAAGGUGUACCAGUAUCUUGGAGAGAUGGCCUGAGGGUAGGCUCUGGGGAGAAUAGCCCCUUGCUAUGACUGGCCAGCCCUGAGUCCUUUGUACUAUCCUGGAAGUUUGGUGGGCUCCUUGGGGGAUGCUGAGCCUGCUUUCACACCUGGCCUCAGCUGGCCUUCUGAUUUCCUCUUGGUAAGUAAGUGCUCCUGUCUACUUGGCAGCCAUGAAUCACCACCUCCCCAUGAGGCUCUAAACUAGGCCAUCUCCAUAUCCCUGUUCAGUAUGCCCCUGGCCCUUCAUCCCCCCAACCUCCAAAGGCCACCCAGUCCUUAGCUGUGCUAGCUUGGGUCUCAGGAGUCCUGAGCUUUCAGGUGACACUUGAAGCUACAGAUCCUGGGUGCUGAGCCCAUCCGACAGUGCAUAGCCAGGCAACAUCUCCUGCCAGGUGCCCC